AGUUCCAGGUUUGGAAGCUCAUCUCAUAUUUACUUGAGAAUGCCGGAGCUUCCAGAGGUAGAGGCGGCACGAAGAGCCGUGGAGGACCACUGCAUAGGCUUAAAGAUUGUGAAAUCGGCGAUAGCGGACGACCCCAAGGUCAUUGACGGCGUGUCUCCCAAGGACUUCGAGGCUUCGCUAAUCGGAAAAUGCAUCGUCUCCGCUCAUCGCAAGGGAAAAAACAUGUGGAUUCAGCUCGAUACUCCCCCAUUUCCAUCUUUUCAGUUCGGAAUGUCUGGUGCUGUAUACAUCAAGGGAGUUGCUGUUUCAAAAUACAAACGGUCAGCUGUCAAAGAUGAGGAUGAGUGGCCUUCCAAGUAUUCAAAGUUUUUCAUUGAACUGGAAAAUGGCUUGGAGCUUUCAUUCACUGACAAAAGGAGAUUUGCUCGAGUUCGGUUGCUUGAAAAUCCAGUUGCUGUGCCUCCUAUAUCAGAGCUUGGACCUGAUGCCUUGUUGGAGCCACUGACAGUAGAUGAGUUCCAUCAAGCUCUUAGCAAGAAAAAGAUUGGAAUAAAGGCCCUUUUACUUGAUCAGAGUUUUAUAUCUGGCAUUGGCAACUGGAUGGCAGAUGAAGUGUUAUAUCAGGCAAGAAUUCAUCCGAUGCAGAUUACUUCAAGCAUGUCUAGAGAAAGCUGUGAGCUACUACUCAAGUGCAUAAAUGAGGUUACAGCGUUUUCAGUUGAUGUUGAUGCGGAUAGCAGCCGCUUUCCUAGUGAAUGGUUAUUCCAUAAUCGAUGGGGCAAAAAGCCGGGAAAAGUGAAUGGAAAGAAAAUUGAUUUUAUAGUUGCCGGUGGCAGGACAACAGCCUACGUACCUGAGUUACAAAAGCAAAGUGGACCUCAGUCUUCUAAAGCUAGUAAAAAGCAGGAAAAAUCACCAAAGGGCGAUGAUGUCAAAGAGACAGAAUCUGAUGGAAAUAGUAGUUCGGAUAUGAAGGAGACUAGAGCUAAGAAACCCGUAGGAAGAACUAAGGAAGAGGGGCAUGGCAACAGAGAUGAAGCUACGAAAAAGAAAACUGGUGCAAAGAGAAAGUCUGGUUCUGACGAUGUCUCUUUUACUGGGAGUGAUAAUGAGAAUGAUAGCGGCACAGCUAAGAAGCCAUCAAAACGAACCCAAACUAGAGCGGCCGAGACAGCCACGAAAAAGGCUACACCCGGCCAAAACAGAAAGCAGUCCAAGAAAUCAAAAUAGUUUGCCAUGGUCGUCUGUGGUGUUUUUGUCAGUUCAGGUCCUAUUUUGCCUUUUAAUGUAGUGCCUACUAAAUGAUAAUGCAUUUAUGCUGACGUCAGGUGUUAUCUUCUGGCCAGAAGGGCCUUGAUUUGGGCAACUAAUCUUGUACAUGCCACAAGGACCUUGAAUUGGGCAACCAUUUUGGACAUGUAGUCAUGAACCAUCUGCUAGUAGGAUAAGUUAUUUG